CUUGUGUUACCCGUCUAGCUCUGCCACUGCCUUGACCUAUGCUUGCUGCUCCGACGGCCGCCGCCGCCACAGCCGCAGCUUGAGCUAUCGUCCCCCCUGUAACGGCACCUGCCGUGCCUCCUGCCGCAGCUGUUGGUCGAGUUUCAGCACAGGGACUAGAACUUGCAGUGCCGCCUCUGCCGCCUCGUCCUCGUCUUUGUUCCCCUUGUAACGCCGCCGCCCCAGCCGCUAGUAGCGGUGCCGGUGGUUGAGGAACAGGUGCGGUAGAUGGUGGUGGGCUUGCUGAUGUUACUCCUGCUGUUGCCGCUUGUGUUGCUGUUGCCGCUGCUGGUGAUGUUGCUGUUGGUGCUUGUGGUUCUCCUGCUGUUACUGUUGCAGCUGGUUCUACUGUCCCUCCUGCUUCCGGCCACUCUGUUGAUGCAACUACCUCUGAUGCCGCUGCUCCUACGGGACGUUCUCUACGAGCUUUCCCCUUGCCUUUCCCCUUGGAAGACGGCGACUGGGUUGAAGCGGUUGCGGAGUGAUCUGAUGCCCCACGAACGACAUGUACUGCCUGGCUCGUACUGCCUCUUCCGACGUCAGAUAUCGUCGUCGGUGUACUCCUCUCACCCGCACUUUCCUCGUCGUUGCUAGCACCUUCGCAACUGACUCGCUGACGCUUCCGUGUUGUUGUGUCUGCCCACCCCAUGACCGUACGGAAAGCUGCUGCCUGCUGUGAUCGCUUCUCCUCGUCGCUCUUUUUCUGUGCGUUUGAUUUCGUCCCGGGCUUUUUUGCUCCAGCCGCAGGCGUUGAUCCUUUCCUGCGACCCAUGGUAAGUCCUCUGUGGUGCUGUGCGUGUGCUGUGGGUUGUACAUGUGUAUGCUGCGGUGAGAGAGCUGUGUCCUUUCUCUUUGCGCAGACAAAGCGCAGAGUCCUGCCGCGUGCAGCGCUGCGCGCGCCUGUCCCGCCGGCGCUCCCGCGUCAUUACAACUCCUCCUAUACUAAUCCCAAGUGCCGCUUUUAAAACCCGCUUUCAAACUCCCAAUCAGCUUCGUUCAAAUGCGGUCGUUUGGGCUAAUCAGAGGCGCCGCUUUUAAAAAAUUCAUCCCUACCCAUGGUCCCUGUUCCAGGCUUUCCCCCCGCCCCCUCCGGGAUAUCCCAGACUGGAAAACAGCGGGGUGGGGUGGUGUCACACGGAUACACUCUGUAGUGCCCCCUGUCACAAAUAUCGCGCGCUCAUACACUACGCUACGCGUUGGACACCUAGUGGACAUGGAGGAGAUGGGGACCAGGGCGGCCAAUGAGGUGAGUGGAAUCAUCUAGGACAAGUGCACCCGUAUGUAGACUGCGCCUGUGUGGCUGUCGUCGCUCGUGGCGUCGUGAUGCCAUGAUCCCUCCUUUAUUUUUUUUCAAUUUUCGCCACAACACCAUCACACACACAGCAGCCCACACUUGCCACAACCUUCUUCGCCCUCCCCUUCCGUCUCUCUCCUUCGUGCGCCAACUUAUAUUCCUACUGCGAUGUCUCACCGUGCUGUUUCCCGAACGACCUCUGCGUCACCUCUCAGCGCCGUCAAUGUCAACAAACAUCAACCCAGAGGGAGGACGGCCAAGGCUGCGGCAUCCCGUACACCCAGCAAGGAGCAGGUGGCCAAGACCAAGGGCGCGGGCCGACACAAGUCGGUCUCGAAGAGGAGGAAGGUUCUGCGGUCUAAAAACCCACCGAUAGACUCAUGGACUGGGAUGCCGACUCUGUUCUACUGCUGUUGCAAGGUGUUCUUCUGCACUAGGGUUUAUGUCACCACCUACCCGUCGCUCCCCCGGUUCGUCGAUAGGGUGUUGGAGGAUUACUGAGUUUCACGUAAUUGCGCUGUACCGAUCAGAAGUGAUACACCAACUGCCGCAAAAAGCUCCGUGCGGAAGCUCCAUACGUGUCCCGGGGCCACUCCGGCGUUCAAGUGACCGCUCGCCCGGUGCUAUUGUAGCCCGGGGUCCGAGAGUGCUGUGGGCGAGGGAUAUCCUCACCGUGCUGCUUUCUGCCGCCCU